CCUGUCCAGACGGAGCGUUUUGCGCGCGUAAGCUUACGCGCGUAGACACUCGCGCGUUCCCGAGGCACUAGAGCUACAAGCACUCCGUCCAGAUGCUCUCGCGCGUUUCAAAACUCGCGCGUAAAACGCGUGUCAUGCGCCCGACUCUCGACUCGCUCGUUUUACGCGCGAGCGCCGCGCGAGUCGAGAUACUCUGGCGGCAUUGGAGCGUUCAGUAGUAUGCGCGUGUCCAUAGAGAGUGGACGUAUUUAGAUUUGAAAUGGAGCGCGAUAACUUCGACACCGAACUUUUAAUUGAAGAAGUUGAAAAGAGAAUAGCCAUAUGGGAUAUGGAAUCUGCUGAUUACGCAAAUAGACUCAUUAAACGUAGGAAUUGGGAAGAAAUAGUCGAAAUUUUUUGCGAAGCUGGUGAUUCCGACGAAAAGAAAAAAACGUUGGGAAUGUUAUUGCAAAAGAAGUGGAAAGGAUUGCGUGAUGGCUUUGUCAGAGAAAUGAAAAGGAUAAAAACCACACCGUCUGGAUCAAAAGCCAGCAAAAAUAAAUAUAUAUAUUUUGAACGUUUGAUGUUCCUCGAACGAUCGACACGCAAUAAAACUACUGAUAGCAACAUCGUUUCCUCGCCUGCUGCACCUGAAGAACAAGACAUUUCUGGCGACGGGGAAGAUGUUAUGAGACCUCCAGUUAGCCAGCCGAAAAAGAAAAAAAAAAUGAACGCAGCCGAUGAGGAAUUUCUUGCCAUUAUAAGCAAAAAUUUAGCACCUAGAAAUCAGCCACAAACAUCGGAGUCUGAUGAUGAUAAACUAUUUUGUUUGUCACUGCAUAAGGAGCUUAUUAAAGUACCUGAAGAAAUGAGGCUUCAAGCUAAAAUUGAUUUAAUGAAUGUGCUCCAAAAAGCUCAACGAGCCCCAUGUCAUUCACCUUCACAUUAUAUUCCUUCACCUGCACCUUCACCACAAUAUAAUCACCAAGCAGGAAUGACACACCGCGGACAAAGAGGAUUUUUUAACGAUACAGGAUAUAACGAAACAGACCCUUCAGCAUCUUCGUUUUCACGUUAUUGCACUGGACAACGCAAUUCCCAAUCUAACCCAUCACCGGCGUCUAACUACAAUAACCCAUCACCGGCGUCUAACUACAAUAACCCAUCACCGGCGUCUACUCAAGAUUCCCAAGAGAGUGAAUUGAUGGAGCUAUACCGAGAUUGUUAAAUUGAUUAAGGGAAAAAAGUAUAAAAAUAAUAAAUAUUAUUACCUCAAA